UUCAGUCACACUGGGAACUGGGAGAACUUCCUUCGGUGGCAGUUAAAGAAAACACUUGCUUAUUUGAAGUUGUGUUAUUAGUAGUUUUGGAGUUCUAGAGAAUCUGAGAUGGGAAAGAAGCAGGCAGGUACAGGGCCACUUUCGAGGCGUCCGGAUAACUCGGCAUUUAAACAGCAGAGGUUACCCGCCUGGUCUCCAUCUCUCACGGCGCAGACCGUGCUGCCAACCUUCUACAUCCUCUCUCUCGUCUGCUUGAUACUGGGCGUAUGGCUCCUCGUCACUGUUAAGAACACAUAUGAACUGAAGGUGGACUAUACCGAUGCUGGAUCAUGCGAACGGUGUUUCGAUUUGAGAAAGCAUGCCAAUGCCUUCAGGACAACCUGCACAUGCACCGUCGGCUUCCACCUUCCCAAAACCUUUCCAGGGGCGAUGUUUUUUUACUACGGUCUGAGGAACUUUCAUCAGAACCUGCGGAGGUACAUGGACUCCCGCGAUGAUGCACAGAUGGUGGGGAGGAAGAACAACCUGAAGGCACCGAGUUCAUAUUGCGCUCCGUUCGAUUACGAUGCAAACAGAGUACCCAUAGCCCCCUGCGGCGCCGUGGCCAACAGCAUCUUCAAUGACUCGUUAACAGUGAUGUAUAAUGCGGGUGGGACAGAAGUAGAAGUUCCACUCUACAGGAAGGGCAUCGCUUGGUACACGGACAAAAACGUCAAGUUCCGUAACCCUCUCACCAACAACACUUUCACUCUCCAGCGAGCCUUUGAAGGCACGACUAGGCCCUUGUACUGGCAGCGUUCGGUUUAUGAGCUGGAUGACACAGACUCCAACAACAAUGGCUUUAUAAAUGAUGACCUGAUUGUUUGGAUGAGAGAAGCGGCCUUCCCUAAUUUCAAAAAGCUUUAUGGGGUUCUCAAUCGUGCUCAAGGGCAUUUCACUGAAGGCCUGCCUGCCGGCAACUACACCCUCUCUAUAAAUUACAAUUUUCCCGCCGAACCCUUUAGAGGUCGAAAGGAGCUAGUGAUCUCAACGGUGACCUGGUUUGGCGGGCAGAAUUACUUCCUGCCCAUAGCAUACCUGGUAACCAGCGGACUGAUCUUGGUGACGUCUGUCCUGCUCACAACGGUGUAUGUGAAAGUAGGCAAAAAGGGCAAGAACAUGGAGGAAUAAACCAAAAGAUGGAAAGUCCAUCGGAAAACAAUGAUGACGUAAGCAUUGCACUUAAGAGUCAUUAUUAGGCGCACUGAAAGAGGUUAAAUGCAUUAAAUUAACUUAGCCUUUCUAAUUUUGAGAAUACAUUGUUUACCAAUACCUAUUUGAUACACUCUAUAAUAAUAUUUAUUGUCUGAUAUACGGUGGAAAAUAUAGAGAUUCAGGAUUCGAAAAUAGAGAUUGAGUGAGUGUUUUGUGUUGAUAUUUUACUAAAAUUGGUACGAUUAAAAUAUAAUCUGUGAUGCAAAGAAACAACCGAACUUGUACGAAAGCAGAAAAUUGUAAAAUAGAAAGAUUUUCACAAGUGGUCUUUUGAACCCCACUGUAUGUUACAUGAUUAUCUUCUGAUGAAAUGUAAAAACUGGCCUGUAUAUUUCCAGACAGGAAAUGAGUAAUGGAUAAUUAUAAUUGUCUAGCUGACUUAAAUCACUGAGGUCUUUUCUCACAUUCGGCAUAUUCUAAGUUUGGAAUACAAUACUACUAAUUUAUAUUUAUAUAUAUAUAUAUAUAUAUAUAUAUAUAUAUAUAUAUAUAUAUAUACAGUGUAUGCAAAUUUACUUUCUGCAGUACAUACCCACAUGACUUACAAUAUAUAAAAUGCGCAGUAUACAAAGCGCACACAUUUGAUUUGAUCUAGUUACAUCGCGAUGAAUGAACCAACAGCAACUGUAUACUGUUUAAAAACAAUUUAUUAAAAUAAAUUAUAUAAAUAAUAAUAGCAUAAAGUAUGCUCCGCAUAUGCAGAAAGGGUUCCAGUAAUGUGCAUUAAUUGCCAGCAGGGGGCGUCUUUGACAAUUUACCACUUGUGUUCACUGAACUCUGCAUUUACUUGUUAUACAGUGCGUGGUCAUUUUUCAUGUAAAAGUUGCAGAAGAACACACCAGUUUAGACACUUGGCCUUUUGUAUUUGCUUUGCGCCAAAUAGUUUACAAAUUGACUCUUUUGUCAGUAUGUCAGUUUGGUAUAAUGCCCUGUCAAUCAGUCAGACUAGGCCUGCUAGUGGGAAAAUUUUGUCAAUUGCUUAUGAUUGAGAAAAAUUUAUUAAGUAGCUGGCAUAUCAAAGUACAAAAUAAGCGGCUUCUAAUAUUUGUAUAAUUAUUGCACGUAUUAUAUCCAUUUAUUAAUUGAGGUACUACAUAGAAUGUGUAACAAAAAUAUUUUGUCACUGCAAGACUUAUUGAAUGAACUACAAUAUAGUGUGUAUUUAAAAUAUUGAAACAUAACAUGUCUUUGUGUAAAAAUAUACAUUUUAAAAUUAAAUUUUGAUGUUGAAAAAAAAAAGAAGACAUUUUCAAGCUCAAAUCUGUUAAUAUGUUUUGGGAUUUCAGCUGCUUGGGUCUCAUUAAUAGAUGCGUGUUUUAAUUUUAAUGCAUUAAUGUGAAUAGUAAAUGACUAAAACAAAAAAACAACAAAAAAAAAAGAAAAGGCUCUGCUGAGUUAAUUAGUUCAGGCUAGGAAUUAAUCCAGCUGUCUGCUUUUUGUAAUUACAUUUUUAAUAAAACUUCAAUUUACCA